UGACAACACCCAUUCAAUACAAAUAGAGUUUUCCAACUGCGGUUUUAUGAUAGACCUGUACAAUUUUUCACAUAUAUCUAAGAUUACAAUGUCUGAAGAAGAAAUACCCGACACAGCCCAACAUUAUUUGGUUUGUGGUACUGGAAAGUGUAAGAACAACUGCCAGUUUUACUGCAAUCAUUGUCAUCGACAAUUCUGUGAGGAAUGCACAGAUGAACAUAAGAAAAGUCCGGAAAACAAUAACCAUGAAGUGGUCCCUUACAGACAACGCAAACCACAACUUCCUGAAGAGAAAUGCAAGCUUCACCAAAAACGAAAUGUAGAUAUAUUUUGUAAAGAUUGUAAUGUUCCACUGUGUUCUAAGUGCAUCUUCAUGAAAGAGCACUCCGGUCAUCAGUUUGACGACUUGGAAGAAAAAUAUGCCGAAAAGUUUGCAUUUUGCCAAAAUGAAAUCUCCAAAAUCAAAAACCAUUUCCUCUCCACAACACUUGAUUUCAAACAAGAGAUAAAGGAAAAUGUUACAAAAUUAAAGGACGCACUGGAAGACAUCAGGAAUUCUAUAAAAGCUGAAGCAGAGUCUUUAAAAGAGUUAAUAGAAAAGGUGACAUCAGAUAAAUUGGCUCAAGUCAAUACAAUAGAAAAUUCUCUUAAAAGGUCAUUAGAAUCCCAGGAAACAGUUUUUGAUGAUUACAUUGCGUACCUUGAUAAACUUGUUAAAGAGUUUCACAGCUAUAUGUCCUCAAGUGACAUCAAUGUUUUAUUUUCUGAUGAUUUUGAAAAUUUGAAAAUCCAGUCCAUACCAGAGACAACACAACCAGACCUACCGAUGUUUGCUGCGGGUCAGUUCUGCAGAGAUGAGGUCACUAAACUACUUGGUUGCGUUAACAUUCCUAGCCAUGAACCCGAGAAAAGGAAAAUAAAACCCAUGGAGACUUCCUCUUCACGGCUGAAACAUACAGGGGAAAACAUGAAACCAACACUGUCUCUGUCUUCCUCUGUCACUAAGGUCGGGGAGUACACAGUACCAGGUGUUUACAAUGUAUUUCAUAUAUCACUUGGUAAAUCAGGCAGACUCUGGGGCAGUGAUAAACAUGGUAAACUUGUGCAAACAGAUCUACAUGGAAUUCAGCUACAGAAGAUACAAACCAGUGGCCAUGGUGGAUAUGUAUAUGGCAUCCACAGAGUUACACAGGACGGGGAUCUGAUGUACACAGACAGAAAGAACAAAGUCAUCAAUAGGAUAAAACAGGAUAAUACAAUCACUGAAUUCAUUAAAACGGGAGGCUGGUCACCUAUUAGUAUAUACUCCUCCCACAUCAACGGGGACAUACUGAUGGGGAUGAUAAAGGGUGGAGAGGCUAAAGUCACCAGGUACAACAAGACAGGAGAGGAAAUACAGAACAUACAGAGAGGCAACAUUGGACAGGAACUGUAUAGUAAACCACACUACAUCACUGAAAACAUCAACGGUGAUAUCUGUACAUCAGACUUGAACAAACAUGCUGUAGUGGUGGUGAAUAAAUCAGGACAACACAGGUUCUCUUACACAGGUCAGGGGUCAGGGUUUAUUCCAAAGGGAUUAUGCACCGAUCUCCUCGGUCACAUCCUGGUAUGUGAUACACAUAUGAAUAAUGAUACAGUUCAUCUUCUUGAUCAAGACGGUCAGUUUAUAUCAUUUUUACUCCCAAAACAAGUGAAUUCUGCUAGUGUCUAUGUGGAUAAUGAGAAUAAUCUCCAUGUGGGACAGUAUGAUACCAACAAAGUGAAAGUGUACAAGUAUCUAGAGUAACUUCAUGUAUAUGCAGUCAAACGUGAAGAUUAUUAACAUAAAUAUAUACAUUUACUUACUACUACUUUAUACACUUACUUACUUAUGUAAUAAUAUCUUUACAAUUGUAUUUUUCACAUUUAUGAAAAUGCAUGUAGUGCCUUUUAAUAUUGUCUUAAUAAAAAAAAGUCAGCCACAAUGCAUUUAACAUUGGAUUAUACGGUUCAUAUGCUAGUAAACAUGUACAUAAAAUUU